GAGUAAAAGUUUAACUUUUUUUAAAAAUAUUUAACUAAGAAAUAAUUUUUAAAUACGUUUUUACAGAAAACUGAAAAUGGCGGCCGAGGUCUCCGCCGACCUCACUCUCAUCCAGGAUGAGGACGUAUUGAGGAGAAUGUGGGCAGAUACAGAAGACUUGGGGAGGAAGAAAGAAAUCAGAGCAAGGAUGUACAGAUUAAGAGAACAAAGGUUGAGGGAUUUUUACACAACAGGCGAGGUUGUUAGUGAAAUUACCGGGAGGAAGCACGCGACAACUACCCAUACUGAAUCGAUUGGUGAUCAGGGCUUCUUAAGCAUGAAGAGCAAGGAAAUAAGAGAUUCUGAAUCCCCUACACGGGACUUCAGCCGAAGAGCCAACAAUGGCUAUUGGCAGUCGGUAGAAGAAAGAGGUUACACCUCUGGCAACCAAGAUGGAGCACAGAUAGAGAGGAGUGAAGAAUCUCGAAGAGGUGAAGGGGUGGUCGUCGAAGGUAAUGCUGAGACGCGAAUGGCGCUUUCUGCUCAAAACAUUCAUGAAAAAACAUCAAAAUCAGACGAUAAUAUGUCUGUAAAAUCUGAAUCUACUCAACAAAGUCAAAAAUUUGCUUCAGUCACUGAAUCCGAUGACAAGAAUUCUCGCAAAGAAACAUCAGAAUCUCAAAAUUCUGAAUCAUAUCACGAAGAAAAAACUUCAAAAUCAUCAUCUGCUUCAACGAAAAUGUCUUCAACCACAUCUUCUUCAAGGAAAGUAAUCAGCUCAUCGGUUACUUCCAAAUAUCAAAUCAUUGGAGGAGAAAAGCGUUUGAUUGACACAGAUGUAAAAGCAAUUACGUCAGGAGACGAUCAUACAAAUUUUGCAUCAAAUCUCCGAUCUGAACAAGCAAAUGUACAUGAAUCAAAUCGACAAACGUCAACAAUUGUCCAAGAUGAAAUCAAUAAUUUAAGGUUUCAACAACCACAAGAGCAAUUAAUCAGUGACACACAAGAUGUUAAUGUGACUAAGUCAUCAACGCAUCAGACUUCUCAUGAUUCGAAACAUUAUCAAACUCAUCGAACGAAUGAAGCAUAUAAUACUGUUCAACAUUACACAACGAACUAUUCCACUACCGUCGAAAAUGAUGGAAGUGAUACUUACGCUAUCGAAAACGAAAAUAGAUACAGACCAGAUUAUGAUUCUCGUUCAGAUAUUGUUGAAACAGUCGUGAAAGAUAGUUCAACAAAAAAUGAACAUAACAUUCAGCGAACUAAAAAUGUUCGUCGUGAAGAGGAAAUUUCACAAAUCCAAAAACAAAACGAAAUUUCUGACUUCAAUGAAUACAUUACAAAUGAAAAAAUUGACUCAUCUACUUUUGAUAGGAAAACACCUAAAUCAGUAACUAAAACACCAUCUGUAAAUGAAGAAGUAGUAGAGAGAUAUACUACUGUAAGAGAAGUAUCAAAUGAUUCCCGGGAUUCGUCCAUAAAUCAAACUCGAGUCCAUUCCAAUACAGAUCAGAAAAUUAUGAAUGAAAUCAAUAAACUAGAUACAUAUCUGCAGCACCAAAAUACCCCAGUACCUUCAGAACCAGCGUCCCCUAGAACUGUCACUGAUGGAGCACAAUGGACCGUUGUCUCUAAUAGAGACGAUAGAGGUGAGUUCGUGUAUCAAAACGAUAAUACACCUAGAGCCAGCACGCCCCAAUCCCUGGCUCAAACGACAAGGGAACAACCGAUUAAACAUCCAUCAUCCUUAGAUCUUCCAAAGGAUGCCACUGAUGGACAGUAUGUAACAACUUAUCAACAGUCCUAUAAUAGAAUAAGCGUAGACAACAGUCCUUCGCAUGAAUUUUUCGUAAGGACCCUCAGAGCAAGUCCUGACCGCUUGACACCAUCUCCAACAAAGUCAUCCAGAGGCUCGUUAGACAGAAACAGUCCAGACAGAAAGCUUCGAGCUACUUCCAAAGGUUCUUUGGACCGAAGUAGUCCUGAGACUUGCAAGCGUAGGUCUUUUUCUAAAGGAUCACUCGACAGAAGUACUCCUGAUAGAACAUAUCACACAUCCCCAUCUAAGACACCAGAAAGAGAACGUCGAGGAAGUGGUGAGAGCUAUACAAUUGAUAGGAAAAAAGAUGCUCGAAGGAAAACUACUGAAAUAACCCAGCAGAUGGUUAGAGACACCACAAAUAAAACCAGGAGGAAGUUCUCAUCCACUCAACAAAAAGCUGCAAAUAAAACUAGAGUUUCCACACCAGGAGUAUCUCCUUCAACAAGCCCAACUAGAACCGUGACAAAAAAAGAAGUUACAUCUGGUAGUGAAUCCGAUAUAUCUCAAGCCACUUAUAAUAAAGCAUCAUCGAUUAGUUCAUUCCGAGAUGAGAACUUGACGACAUUAAAAACAGAAAAAUCAGAACACAUCACUGAAAGGGCUGUUGAUGUUGAUGACUCUACUAUUACGAAGAAAACGAAGCCAAGGGAAAAAUCUCCAGAGUAUAGUUCGGAAGGUUCAGUGAGUAGGGAAAUCAAUAAAUCAAUAACAAGCCGAUCUGAACUCACUACUAAUAAUAACUCAUUUAAACCAAUAAAACAAUCAACCACUGACGAUACAAACGAAAAUUUUAUUUUAGAAGAACAGAAACAUGUUGUCAGUGAAAAUGAAACAAUUGAGUCUAAUGAGACAAAAAAACAAAUAUGCACAGAUAACGUAAUCCGAAAAGAUAUCAUUGAAAUAACCGAUGUUACAACGCCGAUUGAUUAUGAUUCCGAUACCCAACAUAUGCCACAUCCAGAAGACGCGGUAGAUAAUCAAUGUAAAUUGACUAAAAACCAAGUAAUCACUGAAAAAACAGUGGCUGAAGAACAACGUACUGUGACAGAACGAUCAACCAAAGGUAAAUCUCCAACAUCUAGUCCUGAACGUCAUCCAAAAGAAACGAAUAAACCGACAAAUAAAGAGACUCGUCCAAAAUCGCAUGUAGAAAACAUUAAUACCAACGUUUCUACGCACAAGACUUCAUCCAGCCCUGAAAGGAAACAAACAGACAGACAACCAUUGAGACAAUUAAAUAAAAAAAGACCCUCUGAUUCGCCAUCUACAACUGAGAGAAAUCCCAAAACCUCUUCUCAGAAUAAACCAACUGAAAAUAUUAAUAAAAGACCAGAUCGUUCUAGUCCAGAUAGACGUCAUCCUUCUUCAAGGUCACCCGAACGUGAAAACCCGAAAAAGAAACCUCUUGAUGAAAACAGACGUUCUAUUUCCUCUUCCCCAGAACGGCGUUUGACUCAAACGGCUCCAAAAUCUACGGUGAAAACUGAUCAAACAGCCUCAAGUACAUUUAUAUCUAAAGAAACUAAAACUGAAGCUCGAGAAAGGUCGGUUUCCACCAGUCCUGAAAGAAAACCUAUUAAACAAACUCAUAAAAUGUCCCCUAAGACAUCUCCAUUAUCUCACCGACAGAAAUCAUCUCCUUCAUCAAGCCCUGAAAGGAACAUUAGUCCCGAAAGAAAGGCCGCAAAGCCGACCCAACCGAGGAGGGAAAACACUCCGACAAAUAACCAGCUAACACCAACAGCACCGACCAGCAAUCAGCGUAUAGUGCAAAAGACAACUACUAAAGAAACAGUGAGAACGACCAGAUACUCCAGUAUACCGAGAGCUAAUAAGCUGUCCCCCAGAAAUUCAAAAGAUAAGAUCGAACCAACCAAUAAUAAGGCUCCCACCCAAAUCAUAAGAAAAGCAACGCCUAUACCAAGAAAUGCACCUACGACGAGGCUAACAUCAAUAACUAGGACUAAUAAGAUAACUGAACAAAAGCAAGAUACUGUGAAGUCCUCACAUGUCAAACCCACAAAUGGUACCCGGAAACCUGUUGAAACAACUCCGAAACGAACUCCUUCUAAAAUAGCAACACCAAAAUCAACUCCCACUAAACCCAAAACUCCUGAAACUUCAAAUAACAAACCUUCAACACAUAGGAUACCAAGGCUUAGCAAUUCCCCUAUCAAAACAACAGUUAAUAAACGAACAACACAAACGCCGGCUAAUAAGAAAGCUAUAAAGCGUAACGAUGAAAUUGAAAUAACAGAAGUCACUGUGACGAAUAAAACAACUUCUGAAAAUGAGGAUUUUCUGAAGAGGGAAAGAUCUAUUCUUGAUUUGGAAGAUGAAAACCCCCCAGAAGAAUUUUACGCUGAAUAUGACGACAGAACUGAUGAUACAAGUCCUGAAAGACAACCGAAAUCGAUAAGAACUGUUGAUGAUGUAUCGGUCAAUGUUAGCAAAACUGUAAAAACAUCCAUUAAAGAAACAAAGCAAGGAUCGCCAAAAGCUAGAAGCUCGGUUAAGCCGACUCCUAAAGUUUCUAAGCCCAAACAGACAGCCAAUCAAACAGAAACGACCCCUACAACCAAAAAAGGUCAAACAAUACGAGAGACGAAUAAAACGAGAAAAACUACGAGGAAACUUCAAACAGAACGCAACACUUCAAAGGGCUACGAAAGCUCUUCUUCUUCUUCGUCCUCUGAAGAAGAAGAAAUAGAGCAAAGCCAAGUCCUUGAAAAUGACAAUCUUAUUGAAAAUAAUCAAGUUACCCAUGAAUCCAUCCAAGAUUUGUUAACCGUGGUAGUCCAACAUCCGAAAUCAUCAAGAGAGUCAAGUCCAGGCUAUCCAAGUACAAAUCAGCCGUUUUGUACAACUAGUGAAGAUGGCGAUUCCAAUCCAAGGUAUGCCGAUUACAUCACCGAACCGGAUGAUGUUGAGGUAAUAUAUGAUGACAAUCGUGGUCCCGGAACACCAAUCCGACUAACAGAAGAUGAAACUAUUGAUGUGAAAAGUGUUGCUGAUCGGGUAAAUGUAUUCUUAGAAGCGACUAGAGUCACCCAAGAAACAGUUCAUCAACCAGAACCCGUCGUAUCUAGCCCUAAAUCAGUACUUAAAGCCAAAACCAUGUUUGAAAAUAUCGCUAAGAAUCAAGUGUCUGGUAACCAGCACCCAGAAAAAACGCCUAAAUCUCCAAACUAUAACAAUACACAAAAUCAUUACCCCAACCAACCAAUCGAUCAAGAACAAAAAACUCCAAAGAGACAGACCCAUCAUGACAUUUAUGUAAAUGAAAAAAUAAGCACAGAGAGAGAUGUUUCAAAAUCAUUCAUUGAAAAAGAAAUAACAACUCAAGAUGAAAUAACCGAAGAUGAUGACGAUGAGACCGUAUUAAAUGAAUCUAACGUUCAUGAGAAACGGCCAACUUCUUCAAAUAAACCUGAGGAACACUCUACUGUUUCUGUUGAUGUUACAUCUAAAAAGGACUACUUUGAAAGAAGACAACAAGAAGAAGUAGAAGAAGUAUAUGAUGAAAUAAAAAAUGACUUGAAACGUCAAGCUGUUAAGGAAGUUAUAAGCAUAGAAACAGAAGAGACUCCCUUCCAUCCCGAAGAUACUUCCCCGAAACGUAAUCUUUAUGAACGAAAAUCACCAAGCCCACAAAGAGAGUCCCCUAAAACUGGCUCCAAUGUUGCUCAAGUCACAAAAAAGACAUCUGAAAAGAAGAUUUCUACCUCUGUUGGAACAAAGAAAAAAAUAUUCGAAAAUACAACAGAAGAAACUGAAAUUAGGGAGCCCUGUCAUCCCGAAGAUACAACAACAAGACGUAGUACCAACAAACAAAAAUCACCUAGUCCUCAAAGACAAGUGCCUAAAACUACUGAUAGUAAAAAGUCUGUUGACAAGAAAAAUUCAACCACCUUAAGUAAUAGAAAGCAAUCUGUCGAAAGAACAACUGACAAUAUUGAAAUCAAAGAAACUGUAAAACGUCCCUAUGAAUCAGAAGAUUCAACGCCUAAACGUAGUGUUAACAAACAAAAAUCACCAAGUCCACAAAGACAGUCUCCCAAAACUAAUACUGCACCUGAAAAUAAAAAACCAAUCGAUAAAAAGAGUUCCACUAUUGUUGGAGCUAAAAAACGAUUGUUCGAAAAUACCACAGAAGAAAUUGAAAUCAGAGAAACUAUUGAUCAUAUUCAAGAGGACGAUACAACACCAAGGCGUGUUUCAAAACAAAAAUCACCUAGCCCUCAAAGACAGACAUCUAAACCAUUAAAUGCCACACCUGAUUCUAAAACUAGUAUUGAUAAAAAAAAUUCUAUUGUUGAUACAAGAAAGCAAUCAUUUGAAAGAACAACGGAAGAAGUAAAUUUGGUGGAACUAAAGAAUAUUAGAACUACUGUUGAAGAUAGUUCAGUCAGAAAGCAGACUUCACAGACGGAUAUAACCAAAAGACGUCCGAGCUUAAAAGAAAAAUCUCCAAGCCCUCAAAGAAACGUUCCUAAACAAAAGGAACCGAUCGAAUCUAAGAAACCUUUUGAAAGAAAAAAAUCUGGUCCCGUAGUCGAUGUUUCAUCGAAGAAAGAUUUUUUUGAAAAAAAAGUAAAAGAUAUUUCUAUUGCUGCUUCGAAAACGAAACCACAGGUUUCUAAGUUUAAUAGCCCAAGUCGCUCAAGCCCAGACACGUCUGGAUCCAAGUUUCAAAGAACAGAGAAAAAAGUCUCUGAAACUGUUAUCAGAUCACAUUCGCCUGACAAAAAUGAUGUAUGCAGAUAUACAGAUGAAGAAGAAGAAAUAGUUUCUGAAACUACCAGAAAAGUUUCUCAUUCUCAAGAUAUAAACCAAACUUUCUCUAAAACUGAUGUGAUAACCAGGAAAGUUUCCGAAAGUGAUCAAUCAGACAAAUUAAUAAAAUCAGAAAUCGCUCACCAAAGGCCAUCAGAUGCUGGACAACCUAUAAAGAAACCAUCAAAAGUAGAUACUGUUGAACGAAAAACAACAAAGACAGAAGAAAUUGUUAGGAAAACCUCAAAACCCCAAGAAAUAAUUCAUUCUCCAUCGAAAACUGAUAGUAAGGUACACACAGAUAGCAGAUCACACAACAGAAUUGAAUCUUCCAUAAAAAGCACGACUGUUAGUUCAAUAAGGGGGCAAACGCCGGAUAGGCAACCAGAGGAAAUAAUAAGAAAAGUUUCUAAACCAGAAGAAAUAACAAGAAAGCCAUCAAAGCCAGAAGAAAUCACUAAGAAACCCUCAAACACAGAAGAGAUUACUAGAAAGACCUCAAGACCAGCAGAAAUCGUAAGAAAGCCAUCAAAACCAGAAGAUGUAUAUGAGAAAUUUUCAAAACCAGAGGAAAUAGUCAGAAGACCAUCUUCACGAACUGAAUCCUACUCGAAGACUACCACUACAAACACUGUCAGGAGCUACACUCCCGAUCAUCAAACCAAUGAAAAUAUUAGCAAGGUGCCUAAAAGUCAUAGUCCAGAUUAUAAAAGGCCCAAAGCUCAAGACACGGCGAGAACACCGUCACGUCUUGACUACAACGAAUCUGACGUCACCGAUGAUACGGAAACAUAUCGAACAGUUACAGAAUCAUACAUGAGAAGCACCGUAAGCAGUUCAGGUCGCGGGCAGACUCCGGAAAAACAAUUCAGAGGCAGCACUCCGGAACGUAACACACACAGCCGCCCACGAAGUCCAAUCAAAUCGGACGAACCAAGAAGGAGGCCAUCCGAACCGGAAGAGGUUCUUGAAGAAACAGCCACGAGGAGGACCAGUAUUCGAAAUGAAACGAAACAAGAAGUAGGAGGAAAAUUUGGUGUGACACUGAGAAAGACCCCAUCUUCUGGGAAAAUGGUGACAAAGACGAUUCAGAGGCAAAACAGCAGGCCAGCUGACAUUGAUAUAGAAUCUAUAUUUGAUUUAGAGCUGCUAGAGGAAAUGUUGCUCAAAGCUGUAGGAUACGAUGACCGCCGAAGAAUCAGAGCACAAAUACGACUCGUUAAAAAACAAAUCGAAGAAGAGAAAAACUCGACCAUUACAACUAAAGUAACAAAGUCUACAUCAUCGAUACAGUCGACCUUACCAUCAGUGAGAGACAUUAAGAGACAAGCCAGCCCUUCAAAAUCACCGGAGAGACAAGAACAUGUUCGCAGCUCUCCUAUAUCGUCACCAGAACGGCGUGAACCGUCCCGAAGAUCUCCAUCAGCUUCGCCCGAGAGACGGCAACAGACUUACAGCUCUCCGAGAGCAUCGCCGGAAAGAAGGGAACGCGUUCAAUCCUCUCCCCGGGUCUCUCCUGAACGAUAUGUUAGAGAAUCAUCACCCGAGAAACGAUCACCCGACAGGACUACGACUAGGAGGUAUUCAACGCAGAAUACAGAGAAAACCACCAACGGUUAUACAGAAUCCAGGACGGUUACCGAAAAAACCACCACAGCCAAAGUGGAAGACUUUGAAUGUGAGAUGUAUUGCUUUAGUUCGCCUCAAAAUAAACGUUAA